AUGGCGACGCCGCCGGCUCCGGCGGGCGCAGAGGGACCUCCGCCCUCCCGUGUUCCCGGCGGCUGUUGGCCACAGCCCCCGCGGGCCGCCGCGCCCACCACACGCGGCUCCCGGGCCACCAAACCACCCCCACCGGCAAUGGUGACGCACGCCGCCCUCGACCUGGAUCUGAAGACCCCAGCCACCAAGGUGGAGGCCAAGGAGGAGAGGAUCAUGGUUUCCGUGCGGGUGCGGCCCCUAAAUGGCAGGGAGUCCGGCGACAGCUCCAACCGGGAGUGCAUCAGCCCCACCACCGUCAUGUUCCGGAGUACCGUCCCUGACCGCGCCAUGUUCCCCACCGCCUACACCUAUGACAGGGUGUUUGGCCCCAAUUGCUCUACCAGACAGGUCUACGAGGAAGGAGCAAAAGAAGUUGCCCUAUCAGUUGUCAGUGGAAUCAACUCAAGCAUAUUUGAGUAUGGGCAAACAAGCAGCGGAAAGACUUACACAAUGACUGGAAUUACUGAGUACAGUGUUAUGGACAUUUAUGACUACAUAGAGAAGCACCCUGAAAGAGAAUUCAUGCUGAAAUUCUCAGCAAUAGAGAUAUAUAAUGAAGCUGGGAGGGAUCUUCUGAGCCAUGAUGCGACACCUCUUAGACUGCUUGACGAUCCUGAGAAAGGGACUACUGUUGAAAAGCUUACCGAGGAAACAUUGAGGAACAAGCACCAUCUUAGGGAUCUUCUUGGAAUGUGUGAAGCUCAAAGAGAGAUUGGAGAAACGGCUUUGAACAAAGCGAGUUCUAGGUCCCACCAAAUACUCAGGCUGACAAUCGAAAGUUCUGUUAAACAGUAUUUAGGAAGAAGCAAAUCGAGCACCCUGGUGUCUUGUGUAAACUUUGUUGACCUAGCUGGAAGUGAGCGAGCAUCUCAGACUGCUUCAGCUGGUAUGAGGUUAAAAGAAGGUAGUCAUAUUAAUCGAAGUCUGCUAACACUCGGAAAGGUUGUUGGCCAACUCAGUUUGACGUUUCUCCUUUCUGCUCAUUUUGUCUGCUCUUUGAAAGAUGACCAUUACAGCUGUUUGCACAUAUAUUCCUUCUUUCUUUUGUAUUCACUGUAUACCUUUUCUCGACAAAGGUGCUUCUGCCUCGGCAUAAUCGGCGCCAUCUACUACGGCUCGGCGCUGCUCGCCGGAAUCAUCAUCACCGUGCUCCUCCCGGUGACCGAGGUCCUCGCCGUCGUCUUCUUCCACGAACCAUUUAGUGGCACGAAGGGCGUCGCUCUGGGGCCUCGCCUCCUAUUUCUACGGCGAGGAGCAGCGCAUGGCGCCGGAUGCAGAGCACCAGUCAAGUUCGUGUGUGGAUCGUGA